GCUUUAUUUGGAAUUCUGAUUCACCGCACAAUUUCAUGCCAAAAAAGCAGUGAGAAAAAGAAAAGCUUUACUCACUAAUCGGUAACCUCUUCAUUUCAUUUUCUUUUUAUUAGUGUUUUCUUCUAAUAGCUUCAACUAACAACAUAUACCGUUUUGUUGAGCUAUACCUUUCCGUUGUUUCUUGGUCUGUCACUGUAACCAAGCUUUGCUGUUUGCACUCUGUACUUUCCUCAUUGAUCAGAAGACCUGACAAAUACAAAUAGAGUACACCCCAAAAAGAACGAAGAAAAAAAAAAUUAACAUCAUACAAAAGAUUGGAAAUACAAAUACAUUUCUAAGACUGGAAUAUAAUACAAGUUAUUUGAAAGUAGUUCAUGAUGAGUUCCAAGACCGCUGCUGCCAUUUUGUCACGACAAUUUAAAGACUUGACCGAUCCCAAAAAGGGGAUUCCAUCGUUCCAUAUCGAACUUGAUGAUGAUAACAUUUUCCUUUGGAAUAUUGGGAUUAUGGUAUUGAAUAAAGACUCGAUGUAUCAUGGGGGUUAUUUCAAAGGUCAAAUGAGAUUCCCAUCGGAUUUCCCCUUUGUUCCACCCACCUUCCGUUUCACCCCGGCAAUUUACCACCCAAACGUUUACCGAGAUGGUCGUUUAUGUAUUUCCAUUUUACACCAGGGUGGAGACCCAACUUCGGAUGAACCAGAUUCAGAGACUUGGUCUCCUGCGCAAACCGUGGAGAGUGUUUUGAUUUCAAUCAUUAGUCUUUUGGAAGACCCCAAUGUUUCUUCGCCGGCCAAUAUCGAUGCUUCGGUGGAAUUACGUAAGAACCCAGAAGCUUAUAAAAAGAAGGUUUUACAAGAAGUUGAACGGUCCAAAACCGACAUUCCAGAGGAUUUCGUGAUGCCAGAACUGGAGUUGCAUGCUUAUGGCAAUGGUGGUUCUGCUAAUAAAGAUUUGGAACAAGAACCAGUCGACGAAGACUUUUGGUACGAUAGUGAAGAAGAAGAAAGCUACGAUGAAGAAAGCUUAAUGGACGAUAUCGAAGAUGAUGACGAUGACGAAGAAGAAGAAGAAGAAGCUGAUGACAUGGUUGUUACAAAAUAAUAUAGAAAUGUGCAUUUAUCCUUUUAAUUUUUUUUUGUUUUUUUUUGGUUUUUUGUCUCUCUCUGGUUUGUUAUUAUCUUAUUCGUCAUCGGUGAGUCCUAAGACUCAUUACUAGCACAAGUUUAUGAUUUUUCCCUUCUUUAUUUUAACGUCUUUUCAUUUUCAU